AUGAAGGAGAUCAUUCAGAAGCACAAAGAAGGUACCCGUGUUUCUGACCUUGCCAAUCUAUACGGACGCACGCUCCUAUAUCUAUCUAUCUAUCUAUCUAUCUAUCUAUCUAUCUAUCUAUCUAUCUAUCUAUCUAUCACAAUCUCUGUUUUUACUAAAUUUCUUUCUUUCGUCAUCUGUUUCCAUUUAUGUCAGUCUGUUAAUUUCUUUCAUUCUUUCUUUCUUUCUUUCUUUCUUUCUUUCUUCGUCUGUUUAUAUCUAUCUAAGUCUCUUUUUUACUAUAUUUCUUUCUUUUGUCAUCUAAAUCUUUCUUUCUUUCUUUCUUCUUUUUCUAUCUAUCUAUCUCAGUCUGUUCUUUCUUUCUAUCUAUCUAUCUAUCUAUCUAUCUAUCUAUCUAUCUAUCUAUCUAUCUAUCUAUCUAUCUCAGUCUCUUUUUUACUAUGUUUCUUUCAUUCUUUCUAUCGUUAUCUAUCUAUCUAUCUAUCUAUCUAUCUAUCUAUCUAUUUCAGUUUGUUUAUUUCUAUUCUAUCGUCAUAUACACUCACGCAUACAUACAUAUAUUUGUAUACUUAUUUAUAA